AAUCACCAGCGUAACGUCACAAAUGUGAUUUCCUACCUUUCACAGGAAACAAAGUUGCGGCUUUUGUUCGGUUAUAAAGUUGACACAUCGAAACGGGGAGGUGUAUGUGCUUGAUCUUCCAACUGUAAUUAUUCACCGACGACAGUGCACAACUGGAUAACCUGUUUUUGAUUCUGUUUGAUUGUGUUGUGGGGCGCUGAGACAACCUUUACUAUUUUUGCAACGACUAUGAUGUCCAAAGCAAGUUUUUGUGUACAAAAACAUUGGACCAUAGGGAUAACAGUGGUUUUCGUCUUGAGCUUUAUCUCUUUUAAAGUGGAAAGCCAGUCUUGCCAUGGAGCAUAUGAUCUUUACUUUGUGUUGGAUAGGUCGGGGAGUGUUGGACAAGACUGGAGAGAGAUUUACCUCUUCGUUAAGAACCUCACGGAGCGCUUUGUGAGCCCAAGCUUGAGAGUAUCCUUCAUUGUGUUCUCAUCUCAGGCCGAGGUCAUGCUACCUCUAACUGGAGACAGUUAUCAAAUUGAAGAGGGUCUGAAGCGACUAAGCGAAGUGAAACCAGCCGGUGAUACCUACAUGCACGAAGGAUUAAGAAUGGCUACGGGACAGAUGAAGGCCCAGACCCAGAAGUCCUCCAGUAUCAUAGUGGCUCUGACGGACGGAAAGCUCAGUCCUUACAUUCUGGAGCUCACGAUAAAGGACGCUAACGAAGCAAGGAUGCAUGGCGCUCGGGUAUACUGCGUUGGCAUCAAGGACUUUGAUGAAAGUCAGCUGGCAGAUGUUGCAGACUCCAGGGCCUAUGUGUUUGCGGUGCAUGGAGGCUUCAAGGCCCUCAAAGACAUAGUCACCUCAAUCCUGAAGAAAUCAUGCACCGAGAUCCUCAGUGUGGAGCCCUCCAGUGUGUGUGCCAACCAGUCCUUCGACAUUGUAGUGCGGGGGAAUGGCUUCACGCUGGGCCGAGCCAAGGAUGGGGCCCGGUGCCGCUUCGAGGUCAAAGGCCACACUUACGAUGAGGUGCCCAGUGUGGUGAGAGAUGAUUACGUGCUCUGUCCAGCGCCGAUACUGCAGGAAGUGGGCGAGUCCAUGGACAUCCUUAUCAGCCUCAACGGUGGCAAGUCCUUCAUCUCCAGUCCCUUCACCAUCUCUGUCUCCACCUGUUCGGAUGGUUGGGUGGUGUUUAUUGUGUUCCUGGUGCUGUUGCUGCUGGCUGCCCUGGCCUUCAUGUGGUGGUUCUGGCCUCUCUGCUGCACUGUGGUCAUCAAAGAUCCCCCGCCCCGCCCUCGCCCUCCUCCUCCACCUCCUCCAGAGGAGGACCCCUCGCCCAAGAAAAAGUGGCCGACUGUGGACGCCUCCUACUACGGAGGCAGAGGUGCCGGGGGCAUCAAGCGCAUGGAGGUGCGCUGGGGUGAGAAGGGCUCCACAGAGGAGGGGGCUCGGCUGGAGAUGGCCAAAAAUGCCGUGGUCACGGUGACUGAGGAGACGGAGGAGCCCAUGAUCAAAAAGCCAAAGAGGCCUCCGACCUCCGCCCACACAGAGUCCAAAUGGUACACGCCAAUCAAGGGUCGCCUGGAUGCACUGUGGGCUCUACUGAAGCGACAGUAUGAUCGAGUGUCCCUGAUGAGGCCCACGUCCGCUGACAAGGGACGGUGUAUGAAUUUCAACCGGGUCCCACAUUAGGAGAAGAUUUUGCGCAUCCACUCACAGUGAGCAAGAAGAUGAGAUGAGGAGGAAUAGGAGGUUUCUGAAGACUCUGUGGUUAAUUCAAUCACCACUGUACUUUAGCUUCUAUCCAAAUUGUGCACAACGUGGACUCUUUCAACCUCAAUCUGUGUGCCUUGGUUGAGUUUUAAUGUAGUCAUAUGCUCCAAAUCGUUGAAAAGAAAAAAAAGAAAAAAACAGAAACAGCUUUACAAGGGUGGGCUCUUUUUUUUAUAUGUAUAUUUUAUUUUUAUUUUUUAUUUUUUUACUUUUCCCUGAAGAUUACCCAAGUGCAUUAUUGUGCCGGAUCCGGUUAGCUUUUUGUGCGCAGUGAUGGCUUAACAUAUUCCGACCAUAUUGCUCCUUCUGUGGAGAAAAAAACUAAUUUUAUGGACACAGACGGAAGCUAUUUGGAAAAAAAGAGAGAGAGAAACUGAGAAGAGGAGCAAAAAAGAGAGGGAGAGAGUGAGGGGGAGAGGAAAGAGAGAGAGGGGGAGAGAAAGAGAGAGAGAGAGAGGAGAGAGAGAGCAAGAGAGGCUGUUUGCCGUUGGCGUGGCGUGGAGGGAGAGUUAAUCCCGGUGGGGCUGGCGAGCGAGAGCAGAAGUCCAGUGCCUCUUGGCUACAUCUCUUCACACAAUCUCUCCUCUCCAAGCGCAGUCCGUCUCACUGCCCACUGCCCGCUGGCCCGCCGGCCCGGGCGCCUGUUUGCCUGGCGGGAGGCCUGUGACGGCCGAUCCUGUCAUUUUAACACUGAGAAGUGCACACGCAUGACAAACUGGAGGAGUGGACGCCCCCGAGGUAGUGGCAGCAGCAGUGGGACUUCACUUCGCCCCUUUCGCGCUUUUUUUUUUUUUUUUUUUUUUCUCGCAAGACACCUUUUUCCCCUCUUUCAUUCUGUUCUUCGGGACAGGAAAAAUUAAUAGAGCGUUACUCCCCCGCGAGAGACAGGCCAUCCCCCCGCGAGCACACACCGGGGCCCGGGCUACGUUCGGAGCGACGGGUGCGUCAGGACCUUGACACGACGGUUGGUGCUACCCCCCCCCGCCCCCAACACCACCACCACCACCACCACCACCACCGCCCAACCCGGCACACACACCCCCUACUGCAGUGAGCCUCCGCCUCCCUGAUGCACAGGGCAUCACUCCCAAUAAGCAUUCCCAUCAGUUACGAGUUCUUUAAAGAUAUAGAUACAGCUGUCUCAACACUGCCGGACUCGCCAUAUCACAUCUCCAAGGCCUUUCUCUUCCUCUCACUCUCUGUCUUUCUCUCUCUCUCUCUCUCUACUCUCUCCCUCUACUCUCUCGCUCUUUGGCGUCACAACUCGCUAGUUCUCCCUGCAUGAGAAUAUCAGAGUUUAAUUAAAAUAAUUAAAGACAGCAGCAAGCAGCAGCCUGUGAAGAUCUGCCUCAUCCUGUCUCUUAUGCCUUCUGACAUUGAAUGACCUAUUACUGUGCCGCGCGUUCUCCACCACCAAAAUGGCAGGGGUGUCCGAGCGCUCCCAAACGGGGAGAGCAGGAAAGACGUGGACGGAGAAGCAUUGUUCAUUUCCAGAAAUCACCGCACCGCACCCACACACACACACUCACACACAUGCAUACACACACACACACACACACACUAACAUGCUAGUGCACAAACACGGAAAUAAACACCCAAAUGCAUGGCACGAUAUGUUUAUUGUUAGAAUGUCUGAAGCGUACUGUCAGGACAGGGCCGUAUAGGCGUGAGCGAAAGCGGAAAACUCACAGGGGGGAGGACAGGGUG